AUGUUCUCCUUUGCAAAGAAAUUUAUAAGCGGGCCGCAAUCACAGGAUUCGGCCAUAGACUCUUACUUCAAAUGGACUCUCCAAGUGAACAACAGAGGGUAUGGGUUGAGGGUCUUGAAGGUACUUCCACAUUCAAUUGCGAACCAAAAUGGUCUUGAGUCAUGGUUCGACUAUAUUGUGAAGAUAAAUGGACACGAAUUGCCUAUGUUGUAUCCCUCGUUGUCACAUGAGUCGUAUAGUCUUAAUGACGAUGGUUCAAUAAACUACGGGGGGAACUUAACACAGGAGGAGGUUGGUCAAAUUCACUACGAGAUCUUGCAACAAGAACUAUCGUCGAUAGCAAAGAAUGCAAGUGGCCACCACGAGGUAGUAUUGGACGUUUGGAAUGCCAAGGGAGGUAUAAUCCGUCAAGUUACUCUCCCUUUGAAGGUGGAGGAGGAUGGGGCUAUUGCUCAGGAGCAGAGUACCGAAACCAGAGCAAUUGAAAUAUUCAAGAAUACAUUCAAGGAGUUGGGUGUCACUUUGCAAUCGCAGCAUUUGACAACUGCAACUUACGUGUGGAGAAUAUUGAACACUCAUCCUGAUUCUCCGGCAUUUUUGGCACAAUUGGUGCCAUACUCUGAUUAUAUAAUUGGAUGCGAUUCAGCGUUCAGCGAUGCACCAGGAGAGCACGGAUUGCUUGCUCAAGGUGGAGAGUCGUUACUAUCCCGAGUCGUUCUCGGUUACUACAACCACCACAAUUCUAUCAGCGGACAGGACAACAUUCCAAUCACCUUGUACGUUUACAAUCAUGAUUAUGAUAUAUUAAGACCAGUGACUGUAAACUUGUCCCGUAGCUGGAGCGUUAACGGACAACAAAGAGGUAUAUUGGGGUGUGACGUAGGGUACGGAUUGAUCCAUAGAUUGCCUGAAGUUGUGGGAAAAUUCGCUAACACUGAAUUGUCGGACGAUGUACUUUUCGAAAACAACCAAAAUUAUUCAUAUCAAGCACCUGGGGAGAAGUAUGCCCCAGAUGUACAACCAUUGGCACCACCACCAGUCCCUGCAGCCCCAUCGUCAAAUGACUCCUUCUUACCACUGGCUUUACCACCUUUGGGAGUAGCACCACCAAGAAAAAAGAAAGGUAAUACGGGGGCCUCCGUUCCGCCAGUCUCUCUAGAUGGACUUAACGAUUACAUGAAUGAAGAAUUGGCGAAGUCUAAGGAAUUGGAUGUCCAGUAUGGAACUAGUACUUCUGCGAAUGCUGCAGAUGUUCCACCACCACCCCCCGCUUCGAAAAGUUAG